AUGAACAUACAAAAAUGUGAUUGUAAAGAAAACCGACCUCCUAUCGCUGGGCGAUCGGCUUGUGCAUGUACUUCGAAUGCACAAAAAAAGCCAGCUGAUAGCUUCAAGGUGCCAACAAUACCCGUUAAUAGACCUCUACACUGCAAUAAUAAAAUCAACCAAGAAAAUGCUGGAAAACCUGAUUUAAAAAGCAAAGAUGAUAAAAAGAAACAAUGGGCAUUAACUGACUUCGACUUAGGACGUCCACUCGGUAAAGGAAAAUUUGGCAAUGUGUACUUAGCUAGAGAAAAGGAAUCUCAUUACGUGGUUGCAUUAAAGGUUUUAUUUAAGAGUCAGAUAUUGGAUUCAGAAAUUGAACACCAAGUUAGGCGCGAGGUUGAAAUCCAAUGUCGCUUACGGCAUCCUAACAUUCUACGCAUGUAUGGCUAUUUUCAUGACGAAAAAAGAAUAUACCUAAUUCUUGAAUAUGCAAAACAUGGUGCUUUAUACAAAUUACUCAAGGAACGCGGGCGUUUCGAUGAGAAAACAGCUGCAAUCUACAUGCGAGAUCUCACAAAAGCUUUAAUUUACUGCCAUUCCAAGAAAGUUAUUCAUAGAGAUAUAAAACCUGAAAAUUUAUUGAUUGGCCACAAUUAUGAAUUAAAAAUUGCUGAUUUUGGUUGGUCUGUACAUUCACCAUCAUCUCGGCGUAUGACAUUAUGUGGUACACUAGACUAUUUAUCUCCAGAAAUGAUUGAAGGAAAACCUCACAGCUAUGCUGUUGACAUAUGGAGCCUUGGGGUUUUGUGCUAUGAAUUACUUGUAGGGCUACCACCAUUCGAUGCUAAAGACUCGCAUCAAACUUAUAGAAAAAUCAGAUAUGUAAUAAUUAAGUACCCAGAUUUUAUUUCUGAAAAGGCAAAAGAUUUAAUGGGAAAGUUGUUAGUUAUAAAUCCAGAACAUAGAUUACCAUUGACAAGUGUAUUGCAACAUCCAUGGAUCUUAGAGAAUGCUCCGGAAGGUGUGCCACCUCCUGUUUUCAAUGCUGAACAACAAAAG